UUUGUUUGCUUUACGACACUCUAUGUAGUCAGAUUACGCAACUUUCCGGCCUAUUUCAGUCUUUAAAAGCGUCCCAAUUCGUACCCUGUUUAGAAGUUAUAUCUUGGCAUCAUGGCUGGAAUUGACGAGGACGAAAGUAAAAGUGAAUCUUUGUUGUCUCGUGUAACCGGAGAGAUUCACAGAGUACCUUGCAUGAGGACUGCCCUCCUAUAUGGCGUAGGAGGAGGGUUUAGUGUUGGACUGGUAACAUUUCUCCUUACAAGUCGAGUGAAGCGCUCAACAGAUAUGGGUAUCCUUUCGUUGGUGGCCGUCACCUUGGGUUCUUUCACCUACUGCAGAUAUACCCGUGCGAAAAUGAUGAUCCAGCAGCGAAGGUUUCGAGAGCUUCAAGGCCUUGAACCGAAGGAAGUUUCAAAUCAGUAUACACCAGAGAGAUGAUGUCAGCCCAUUAUCAUGUGUGUACAUGAACAUAUACAUGUAUUUAAGCUAUGUUUGGCAAUCAUGAGACAAUUUACAAAUUGUAUAACAUGUAUAUGAGGUGAAUGUAAUAAUAAAUGCACUUUAAACAAAUAACAAAAGUGAUGGCCAAUACCUCCAGUUUGAAAACAGAAAGAUCAUUGGGUCAAACUAAGUGCUGGAGUCAUCAUGUUUUUAUUUCCAUCAACAAGGGGUCUGAUUACUGGGUACUUUUUGUUAGACAAUGUGUGAUUUUGAUACCCAACAUCAAUUAUUGAACUCUGCUGGUUAGCCCAUUAUACUUCAAGACCCACUAUACGUGGCAUGUAUUCUGAGGGUAAAUAUGAAAUUGUAUCUACGGUAUACAUAUAUCAUUCUAUGGUGGGCUGAUGGUGAGACCCCAUUGUAAAUAACACUGUUAUAACUUGUAAUCAACAUUAUAAUUUUGCUGGUCAGUUGUUUUUCUAUGGUGUUUAGUACUUCUGUAAUUUCCUUGAUCCCUCCAUAAUUCAGGUGGGGACUAUUUAGGCAGGCAAAAGGGAUACUCCUCUUCAAAGUACAGAUACCAUACCUCAAUUACCCGGUAUGUAAAUUGAAAAUUAUGUAUUUUACUAUUGCAUUUAUGUUAAAUAUCUAGAAAUCGUCUGCUUUUACACCAUUUACAUGUUUACAAUGUUUUCCCAAAAUAUUUUGUAAAAAAGAUUUGAAAUAUAAAUAAUUAAAAAGAAAGAUUACAUCUUUCCUAUCACUUAA